AUGACGCGGCCUACCACGCUACAGACGCGGCGAGAGCACUGCGGUCGCGGCCUCUGCGGCUACGAGCGCGGCGGGAGCAGCACGAGCACCACUUCCCCCGCUAUGGGCGCGGCCAGAGCGCAACGGGCGAGGCCUCUCCUACAACGACCGCCGCGGGAGCACUACGGGGCGCGGCAAGAGCAUUACGGCCGCGUCCUCCAUCUGUACGGCACGCAGCGAGAUCGGUACGUCGCGCGGGGGAGAAGGAGCGAGCGGGUGAGCAGCGAGCGUACCUCAGCCGGCGACGAGCAGCGGGUGCUUCUCCCCUGCUGCGCCUCCGCCUCCUCCGCACCUUUCGACGCGGCUGCGCCGUCUCCUCCUCCACUCCGCUCCGCUCGCUCUAUAAAAGAGCACCGCGUCCGCGGCGCCAUUCCACUUCCACCACCACUACCACCACCGCCCGGCGAGAGGAGAGCAGAGGGGGAGCGAGCAACCCGCGGCGAGAUGAUGCAGAUCUUCGUGAAGACGCCGACCGGGGAGACCAUGACGCUCGAGGUCGAGAGUUGCGCGGCCGUCGACAGCGUCAAGGCCAAGAUCCACGACAAGGAAGGUAUCCAGCCGGACCAGCAGCGCCUCAUCUUCGCGGGGAAGCAGCUCGACGAUGGCCGCACCCUGGCCGACUACAGCAUCCACAAGGAGUCCACGCUUCACCUCGCGCUGCGCCUCGUCGGCGGUGGCAAGGGCGGGGUCUACCCCAGCAGGAUGGAGCCUAACCUGCGCGUGCUUGCGCUCAAGUACAGGCAGCACAGGCUUGUGUGCCGCAAGUGCUAUGCACGCCUGCCCCUCAGGUCUGCCAACUGCCGCAAGAAGAAGUGCGGCCACAGCAAUGACAUCAGGCAUAAGGAGAAGCUGCGCCCCCACUAAAGCGUUGGAAACAUAACAAAGUGGCAUUCUAUAGCUGGAUUAACUGGGAAUUCAAAGUUUGGUUCGAGUCUUAGUUUCAGUUAAAUGUUGCUUCUGGAAUCUAGAACCCUAUGCUCCUGUAUCAGUUUCCCUCGUAGUACUGUCCAAUUUGCUCUUGCAUGAAUGAUGAAAUCAGUUAUUUGUGGUCUGCUAGCUUGAAUGGAUGACGAAGUCAAGUAAUGCUUC